CUAGAUUGUAUGAGCUCUGAAGCCGUAAAUUGUUUCUGGAACAGAAUCUGACUGCUGCACUGCAUUGAAUUUGCAUCUCAAAAAGGAUCUUCUUGUGUAACUCUCAUGGGUGGGAUAGGACGCAAGACCUCCUUCCAUGUUCCAUUACUGCUAGCUGCUGCAUUUGUCUUAGGCUUUCUGUGGCACUAUAAUAUAGUACAGAAUCAUCUGAUGAAUGUGUUCCAAACCUGCUCUCAACCAGACAUGCAAAUGAAGACGCUCUCUGUGAAUGAAGAACUAGCAUUAAAGAAAGAAAAAGCUCGAAAUGAAUUUAAAAUUAAAAUAAAUGAAAUUUUCAUCAAAAUCCAGAAUCUUAUCCCCAAUUCCACAUGCACAUUUUUUAAUAGAACCACAAGUGGGAAGAAAAGUAUAGCUUUUAUUAGAGACCCCCGUACACAGUAUUGCACAGGGGAAGACCUUGUUGUUCAGCUUGAUAUGUAUGAUCACUUGGGCAACAGGAAAACAUAUGGAGGAGACUUUAUUAGACCAAGACUCUUUUCUCCAGAUCUUGGAGCCUCUGUGUCUGGAAGAGUGGACGAUUUAAACAAUGGAAGCUACCACAUCCAUUUCCCCUUGCAUUGGGAAGGCAAGGUGCAAGUUUCUGCUAUGUUAUUUCACCCAAGUGAAGGGAUAUCAGCUCUAUGGAGAUCAAGACAUUCUAGUUUAGGUGUUUUAGGGUUUCAAGGAAAAUUUGUAUAUUUGGAUAAGGUUGCCAGCACACAAUGUGGCUUUAUGCUUAACACAGAUGAAGAGGUUUGUGAAUAUUUGGACCCAGAGGACGAAGAAGCAUUCUACUGCAUUAAACCUCCUGGUCUACCAUGUGAUUGUUUGACUGACAUGAGGGCAAUAGAUCUUGGUGUGUCAUAUUUAACAAAUGAGGAAAAAAAUAUAUUUCAAAGGUCUAAUAUUGCUGUUGAAAUACCCCAAAAUUUCAAGUACAUAGAUGUUGCAACUUGUCAAGGAAGCACUACCACUAACAAGGCAAAAUGUGCAACAGGAAUGACCUCUCCUUUCCCAAGUGGAUAUUUUUACAAAAAUAUCUGGUACCCUGUUUAUUGUAACAUGACCCUUUAUACAACAGCGGACAAUUAUACAAAGUGUCUUAAAGGAAAGAAAUUGUUUCUCAUUGGGGAUUCUACCCUUCGUCAAUACAUCAUGCAUUUUACAGAAGGCAUCAAAAUCAUAAAUUAUUUUACUUACCACGAGAGGCAAUGGGCCCAUUGGCAGAAGACCCUAACAGCUCUGAAUAUGGAACAUGAUAUAUAUGUCUCAUAUAAAAGGCAUGGAUUCCCUCUGGAAUGUUUUGAUUUCUAUUAUUUUAAAGAGGACAGGUACACUAGUCGUCAGAUUGAUCAUAAAGCUGGAGGAAAAGACACCAUAAUUGCAAUUACCAUGGGACAGCACUUCAGACAAUUCCCUCUUCAACUCUAUAUUAGAAGGGCUCUGAACAUUCGUCGAGCCAUAGAACGUCUUUUACUGAGAAGUCCAGACACUAAAGUCAUCAUUAAAACAGAGAACACUAGAGAGAUGACUGCUCCAGUAGAAAGAAUUGGGGACUUUCAUGGGUACACACAAUAUCUGGUAAUGAAAGAGGUUUUUCAUGGAAUUAAUGUUGGCUUUGUUGAUGCCUGGGACAUGUCAGUUUCAUCAGCAACAUCAAAUGUUCACCCACCAGGAUAUACACUUCAGGGUAUCAUGAGCUUGACUUUCACAUUUGCUUGUUAUUAAAAAUGCAUAACUACAUAAAAUA